AUGAGAAAUGGCCUGAAAUUUCUGUUGCAGUUCACUCGGGUUUGGAUCCCAGACCCAGAGGAUGUGUGGAAGCCUGCAGAGAUCACCAAAGACUACAAGGAGGGAGACCCAAUUCUGCACCUCAAACUGGAGGAUGAAUCGCCUCUGGAGUACCCUGUUGGUCCAAAAGAUAACCCUCUUCCUUUCCUACGAAACCCUGACAUCCUGGUUGGGGAGAAUGACCUCACUGCUCUCAGCUACCUGCAUGAGCCGGCAGUCUUGCACAACCUCAGAGUUCGGUUCCUGGAGUCCAACCACAUCUACACGUAUUGCGGGAUUGUGCUGGUGGCUAUCAACCCCUACGAGCAGCUGCAGAUCUAUGGAGAGGAGGUCAUUAAUGCCUACAGCGGUCAAAACAUGGGGGACAUGGACCCGCACAUAUUCGCUGUGGCUGAGGAAGCAUACAAGCAGAUGGCCAGAGACGAGAGGAACCAGUCUAUUAUAGUGAGCGGGGAGUCGGGGGCAGGGAAGACAGUUUCUGCAAAGUACGCUAUGCGCUUCUUUGCCACUGUGGGAGGCUCAGCUAAUGACACAAAUGUUGAGGAGAAAGUGCUGGCAUCCAGUCCCAUCAUGGAGGCUAUUGGCAAUGCAAAAACCACUCGCAAUGACAACAGCAGCCGUUUUGGGAAAUACAUCCAGAUCGGCUUUAACAGGCACUACCACAUCAUAGGUGCCAACAUGCGCACCUACCUGCUGGAGAAAUCUCGGGUUGUUUUUCAGGCCGAGGAUGAGAGGAAUUACCACAUAUUCUACCAACUGUGUGCCUCUGCUAGCCUACCAGAGUUCAAAGACCUAGCCUUGACGAGUGCCGACGAUUUCACCUACACGUCUCUAGGGGAGAACAUCUUCAUUGAAGGAGUUAAUGAUGCAGAGGACUUUGAAAAGACCAGAGAAGCCUUCACACUACUCAGUGUAAAGGACAGCAAUCAGAGCAGCAUCUUUAAAAUUAUUGCAUCCAUCCUACAUCUUGGCAAUGUGGAGAUCUGCGCGGAGAGAGACGGAGAAUCCUGUCACAUCUCAAGGGACGACCCCCACCUUAAACAUUUCUGCAGGCUGCUAGGUGUGGAGCUUCAACAGAUGGAGCACUGGUUGUGCCAUAGGAAGCUAGCCACAGCAUCAGAGACCUACGUGAAGAAUAUGUCCAGCAAACAGGCGGCUAACGCUCGUGACGCUCUUGCCAAACACAUCUAUGCACGCUUGUUUGACUGGAUAGUUGAACAUGUAAACAUGGCCCUGCAGACCUCCUUUAAACAGCACUCCUUCAUUGGUGUGUUGGACAUCUAUGGGUUUGAGACCUUUGAGAUUAACAGCUUUGAACAGUUCUGCAUCAACUAUGCCAAUGAGAAACUUCAGCAGCAGUUCAAUUCGCAUGUGUUCAAGCUGGAGCAGGAGGAGUACAUGAAGGAGCAGAUCCCCUGGACGCUGAUAGACUUCUAUGACAACCAGCCCUGCAUCGACCUGAUCGAGGCCAGGCUCGGCAUCCUCGACCUGCUGGAUGAAGAGUGCAAAGUGCCGAAGGGAACAGACCAGAACUGGGCCCAGAAGCUGUACGGGCAGCACUCCAGCAGUGCCCACUUUCAGAAGCCACGCAUGUCCAACACCUCCUUCAUCAUCAUACACUUUGCUGAUAAGCAAAGACAUAGGAGCACAGAUACGUUUACAGUGGAAUAUCAAUGCGAAGGCUUCCUUGAGAAGAACAGAGACACUGUCUACGAGGAGCAGAUCAAUAUCCUGAAAGCUAGUAAGUUUCAGCUCGUGGCAGAUUUGUUUCAGGAGAAGCAAGAUGGCAGUUCCUCCUCCUCUUCCACAUCCACCAAGUCGGCCAGGGUGAACGUCCGAGCAGCCAAGCCCACCGUCAAAGUUCCCAACAAAGACCACAGGAAGACCGUGGGACACCAGUUCCGCAGUUCCCUUCAUCUUCUCAUGGAGACCCUGAACGCCACGACGCCUCAUUAUGUGCGCUGCAUCAAGCCUAAUGACGACAAGGAGGCUUUCUCGUUUGACUCGAGGCGAGCUGUGCAGCAGCUGAGGGCAUGUGGGGUUCUGGAGACGAUCCGCAUCAGUGCUGCAGGGUACCCAUCAAGGUGGACAUACCCAGACUUCUUCAACAGAUACCGAGUGCUGAUGAAAAAGUCUGACAUGACCAUAGCAGACAAGAAGCUGGUGUGUAAGAACCUGCUGGAAACACUGAUUAAGGACCCUGACAAGUUCCAGUUCGGUAAGACCAAGAUCUUUUUCCGAGCGGGUCAAGUCGCCUACCUGGAGAAGCUCAGGGCUGACAAGUUUCGCUCUGCCUGCAUUAAAAUCCAGAAGACGGUGCGAGGCUGGUUGCAAAGAGUUCGCUACCGCAAGAUUCGCACGGCCACCGUCACUCUGCAGAGAUAUGUCCGUGGAUAUUUAGCCCGCAGGUAUGUUGAGCAUCUGCGCCUAACCCAUGCCGCCAUCAUCUGCCAGAAACAGUAUCGCAUGGUGAGAGAUCGCCGAGCUUAUCUGCGAGUGAGACAGGCUGUGAUCAUCAUCCAGGCCUACACCAAGGGCAUGUUUACACGCAGGAUUUACUGGGAGUUCCUUCUGCACCACAAGGCCAUGAUCAUCCAGAAGACUGUCCGUGGCUGGCUGGAGAGGAAGAAAUUUAGACGAGCACGCAAUGCUGCAAUUAUCAUUCAGUGUGCAUACCGGCGCAUGUGUGCCAAACGGCAGCUCAAGCAGCUCAAGAUUGAAGCACGUUCUGCUGAACACCUGAAGAAGCUCAACACUGGCAUGGAGAACAAGAUUGUCCAGCUUCAGAGGAAGAUGGACGAUCAGAGCAAAGAAUACAAAGCUCAGAAUGAGCAACUAUCGGUUGCCAACACCAGCCUGAGCACAGAGCUGACCAAGACGCAAAAGGAGCUGGAGCAGCUUCGUAGUCGACAAGGCGAUGGCAGCCAGAUAACUUCGUUACAAGAGGAGCUGGAGAAGCUCAGGGAGGAGCUGCAGGAGGCUUAUGCCCAGAGGAAGAGACUGGAGGAGGAGCACAGCAGUGAGAAACAAGGCUUGAAGCAGAGGGUGGAGGAGCUGGAGAGGGAAAACUCUCUGCUGAAAAGUGAAAAGGAGGAGAUGAACCAAAGGAUUCUUCAGCAGUCCAAGAGCACUGAAGACCAGGAGAGCAGCGCCUCCCAGAGAGAAGUGUCCCUGCAGACAGAGCUGGAUGCGGAGAGGCAGCGCUACCAGAAUCUGCUCAAGGAGUUUUCCAGACUGGAGCAGAGAUAUGACAACCUGCAGGAGGAGGUCGCUUUGGCCAAGUUCCACCCGGGCCACAGGAGGAACCCAUCCAAUCAGAGCAGCCUAGAGUCCGACUCUAAUUACCCCUCUGUCUCCACCUCCGAGGUCGGCGACACUGAGGACUCCAUUCAGCUGGUGGAGGAGAUGGGGGUGGAAAAGGCUGCAAUGGACAUUAGCCUGUUCAUGAAGUUGCAGAAGCGGGUCAGAGAGCUGGAGCAGGAGAGGAAGAGACUGCAAAUCAGUCUCGACAAGAUGGAGGAGCUUGCCAAGCACAAGGGCAUUGAAUCAAAGACUCCUUCUUCAGAGCAGGAGAGUGCAGAUCUGGCGUACAACAGUCUCAAGAGACAGGAGCUGGAAUCCGAAAACAAGAAGCUUAAGAAUGAUCUAAAUGAGCUGAGGAAGAUGAUCGCUGAUCGCGCCUCACAGAACAGCUCCUCUAAUGAGCUGCAGGACAGCUACAACAUCCUGCUCAGCCAGCUGAAGGCAGCCAAUGAGGAGCUGGAGGCUCGCAAGGAGGAAGUCCUGAUCCUCAGGGCUCAGAUAGUCAGCAACGCCCAGCAAAUAGAGAAGACUGAGCAUAUAGAAAGAAAUGAUGUGCAGGAACUGAACAACAAACAGCCCAUUGACAAAGAAGAGGCCAUCAAGGCUUACCAUGGACUCUGUGAGUCCAAAAAUAAAGCUCAGGACUGGGGUUAUUUGAAUGAAGAUGGAGAGCUGGGUUUGGCCUACCAGGGUCUAAAACAAGUGGCCAGGUUGUUGGAGGCCCAGCUGCAGUCCCAGUCCAGGCAGCAUAAGGAUGAGCUGGAAGCGCUCCACACUCAGAUUGAGCUGCUCAAAGACGACAUUGAGAAGAAGCAGGAGAUGCUGAACUACACCAUGUCACUUUCGCCAGAGGCCCAGGUGGAGUACAGCGUCCAGCAGGAGAUCACUCGCCUAACCAACGACAACCUGGACCUGAAAGAGCUCGUGGAGAAACUGGAGAAGAAUGAGAGGAAGCUGAAGAAGCAGCUGAGGAUCUACAUGAAGAAAGUCCAGGAGCUCGAACUUAACCAGGCUGUCGCCACUCAGCCGAGCAGAGCGAAGCCUGAGCUGAGCCGCCAGGUGACCGUCCAGCGGAAAGAAAAGGACUUUGAGGGGAUGCUGGAGUACUACAAGGAGGAUGAGGCCCUGCUAGUCAAAUCUCUAAUUACAGAUAUGAAGCCCAGUGCUGUGUCAGCCACAGUCCCUUGCCUUCCAGCUUACAUCCUCUUCAUGUGCAUCCGGCAUGCGGACUACAUCGACGCCGACCAGAAAGUUGAGGCUUUGCUCACCACCACCAUUAAUGCCAUCAAGAAGGUCCUCAAGAAAAAUAACGAUGACUUUGAGAUGACCUCCUUCUGGCUGGCCAACACUAGUCGUCUUCUUCACUGUUUGAAGCAAUACAGUGGCGAUGAGGUGUUCAUGACCCAGAACACAGCCAAACAGAACGAACACUGCCUGAAAAACUUUGAUCUGGCAGAGUACAGGCAAGUCCUGAGCGACCUCUCCAUCCAGAUCUACCAGCAGCUCAUCAAGGUGGCAGAGGGCAUCAUGCAGCCUAUGAUCGUGUCAGCCAUGCUGGAGAGCGAGAGCAUCCCCAGCCUGGCCGGUGUCAAGCCCAUGGGUUAUAGGAAUCGCUCCUCCAGUAUGGACAACGACGGCUCCGGUCCCAGCAGCUACACACUGCAGGCGCUGAUCAGACAGCUGGGUCAGUUCCACAGCAUCAUGGGCGAACACGGCCUGGACCCAGAGAUCGUCGGCCAGGUUUUCCGUCAGCUCUUCCACUGCAUUAAUGCCAUAACCCUCAACCACCUGCUGCUUUGCAAAGACGUCUGCUCCUGGAGUACCGGCAUGCAGCUCAGAUACAACAUCAGUCAGAUGGAGGAAUGGCUGAGAGGGAACAACUUGUACCAAAGCAAGGCAGCGGCGACUCUGGAGCCCAUCAUUCAGGCAGCCCAGCUGCUGCAAAUCAAGAAGAAAACAUCUCAGGAUGCUGAAGCCAUCUGCUCACUGUGCACUGCCCUCACCACGCAUCAGAUCGUGAAAAUCCUCAACCUCUACACACCGCUGAACGAGUUUGAAGAAAGGGUCACUGUGUCCUUCAUCCGAAACAUUCAGAAUCGUCUCCAGGAAAGAAAUGAUCCUCAGCAGCUUCUAGUGGACACCAAGCACGUCUUCCCCGUCCUGUUCCCGUACACUCCCUCUGCUCUCAGCCUGGAGACGAUCCACAUUCCUGCCUCCCUGGGCCUGGACUUCCUAGUCAGAGUCUGAGGUUUCUAAAAGACCCAUCCUGCUUCUAUAAUGUACGACCAGCAGACUCCUCAGGAAACUGGCCACACUUCAGCUGAGGGUGCCAAAUCUGAAAGGGGUCCAUGACACAUAGAGAAGUUUCUUAUUGUUCAGGUAUGAAAGCAGGUGUGUUUUCUUGUGUGGAUCUGGUAUUUUCAAAGAUCCCAAGUGUCAGGUAUCAAGUAAUCCUCAAGUCCUGUGAGCUUGUGCUGCCUCUCCGAUGUCUUCCUGAGCAAGCUUUUUAAUGGAAAUUCACCUGCUGACCUUUCUGAGGACUUUUGUCAUGCUGGUAUGUAGAGCGUGACAGAUAUUUUGUCUUACAUACACAGUCACAUAUGUGAGACGCAUAUGGCCACAAAGUUUUUCACGGUAAUCACAGGUGAAUGUUCUCACUCUAUCAAAAGCCAAUUUCAAUAGAGCAAAAUUGGCACAAUUUCUCAAAGCAUGCUGCGGUGCCCUCUUACCGUUGUUUGUCUGCAACAUUGCAACAUACACAGCGAUGAAGUGGCAGCCGUGAUGUCGCUUCAGUUGAUCUUCCAUGUAACUCACAUUCCUUUGUAAAACCAGUGGACAGUGGUGACACACGCAACACCACUGCAGCGCGGAGGCUCCACUUUAUGGGCGUUUUCACACCUGCCUCGUUUAGUCCGACUGAAUCAAACUCUGAUGCGUUUAGCCCCUCAGUGCGGUUUGUUUUGGCAGGUGUGAAACCAGCAAUCACAUUCAGUUAUGGACCAAAACACCCAGAUUGAGAGGAGGUGUUGAGAACGUGGUCUCUCUCAGCACGCUUACAAACAAACUCUGGAAAGUUGCUUCUGAAGUGUGAACUGACCAAGAUUCAUCCAACCACAGGAAGCACUGUGUGUUUUGGACUGAGGCAGCUCCAAUAGCUCACGUGGGCAUUAUGGAGCAACAGGAAAAUACACUGCCUUCUUGGUAUUCGGCGUGAAUGAGCUCUGCCGUAACGGAGAAAUGCCAAAGCAGCUUAUGGCGCAUCCUUCAAGCAAACACUUCCUUUCUCUGCCUUUCAAGCUGGCGCUAUUUGUCUGAUCCUGACUGAUCAGCUGACAGCUCCCACGUGGCAUUUGAUGCUACAUUCUGGUUUGUUUGAAUUCUUUGCAGCGUGAAACCAAACUUUAACCAAAUGAACAAAGCAACAAAGCAUCAACAAUCCUGAUUCAAACGGACUACAGGUGUGAAAAUGUCCCAUAUAUCUCAUGCCCUGAUAAGCCCUCAGAGUGUUCCUUCACUUCACUCACAAGUUGUAUUUUAUCUUACACAAGAGAUUUUCUACACAUGUGAUCAGACUGCAGAAAGUCCAGAAACGCUAAAUGUUAGCAUCAUUGUCACCAGGUAAUGUCAUCACAUUACCUGGUGAUUGUGUGUUUAACUGUCCCGUCAUAACUUUAUGUAUCUCGCAGUCAGAGCAAACAAAGUGGAGGACAGAGAGUUAUAUGUAAGUGAAGCGCUGACAGGACAGAGUCAGAAUAAUUGAAGAGGGGAGCAGAAGAGGAGUGUGUGACAUGAACGCUGCUGAGCGGAGCUGGACAGAGUCGGAGAGGAGGAGAAAGUGAAGGGAAGGUUCUGUUGGAAGUGAAUAAAAAAGACGAGGACUGAGCUGGAGGACGAGGUGAUCCAGAUCAUCUCGCUGUUUUAAUUUGCCAACUACCUUUAGGUGUACAGAGCAUCACUGGUUAAUCUUGUGCUUUUCAUGUUGUGUGAAUAUUUCAGUGUAUUUUGCCUUCAUAUUAAAAUGUUAAUAAAAUAUAUAAAAAAAACCCUUCAUAUUAACAUUGCGUUCAGAGCACAGAUGCCAUUAUUGAGAGCAUCAGUGUUUUCUGAUGUUGUGACCUGAGGUUUGAAGUCAACAGAGAUGAAGUAGAAAUCCUGCAGUUUGCUGUCUCUAUAAAGGGGCUCACUUAAACAAAUCUAUUUUUGUGCAAAAUGUCACUCACUGUUCAGUACUUGGUAUUCUAACAAUAUGAACGAUUACUUAAGUUCAAAACUCAUAAUCACUUUAAUGCUAUUUUAUAUAGAACUUCUUUUUACCAAUAAUUUUGUGAGAGUUUUGAAUAUUGGAUAUCUCUGUAUUGGAAUGAAGUUCUUUAGCCGGUAGCAGAUUAGUUUGAUGUAAAUGCUAUCUAACUUUGCUCUCAUAUUCUCACUUAAUGAAGUCGAAAGUGUGAAUAAUGACUUACAGUGAAUAUAUAUAUUUUGGAAAUGAAGUAAUGAAAAGUCACAUACAUGUUUUUGUAUGGCAGGCAUUGGUUUACUGUUCCAAUGCCACCGUGAUCAUGUCGUCUUUGUCAUUUGAUGAUUUAAUGAAAUGCAGUUUCCCAUUUGAGCAAAAUUAAAUCUCACUAUUGCCUUUA